GUCUCACUUAGGCAGCGGCGAGCGAAGUUCGCUAGGUCUGAGGUGCCUCUGCUCCGCGGGAGUCUCCUGACAGAAUGGGUAAAAAGAUAAAGAAGGAAACAGAACCUCCUCCUAAGGAUGUGUUUGAUCCAUUAACAAUUGAAAGCAAAAAAGCAGCAACCGUGGUGUUAAUGCUUAAUUCUCCAGAAGAAGAAAUUUUAGCCAAAGCAUGUGAAGCCAUUUAUAGAUUUGCUUUAAAAGGUGAGGAAAAUAAAGCAAGCCUCCUUGAACUUGGAGCUGUGGAACCUGUAACUAAACUGCUCACCCAUGAAGACAAAACUGUAAGAAGAAAUGCUACUAUGAUAUUUGGAAUCCUGUCUUCUAAUAAUGAUGUUAAAAAGUUGUUAAGAGAGUUAGAUGUCAUGAAUUCUGUUAUUGCUCUGCUCGCUCCAGAAGAAGAAGUAGUUAUCCACGAGUUUGCUAGUCUUUGCCUAGCAAACAUGUCUGCGGAGUACACCAGCAAAGUGCAAAUAUUUGAACACGGUGGAUUAGAGCCUCUCAUCCGACUGCUGAGCAGCCCAGACCCUGACGUGAAGAAGAAUUCUAUUGAGUGCAUUUACAACUUGGUCCAGGAUUUUCAGUGUCGAGCUACAUUUCCAGAACUAAAUGCAAUCCCUUCUAUAUUAGAGCUCUUGAAGUCAGAAUAUCCAAUUAUUCAAUUGUUGGCUCUCAAAACCUUAGGUGUUAUUGCAAAUGAUAAGGAGUCACGAGCAAUGCUAAGAGACAAUCAAGGGAUGGACCACCUUAUUAAGAUCCUGGAAACUAAGGAAUUGAAUGACCUGCAUAUAGAAGUGCUUUCAGUGGUAGCCAAUUGCCUUGAAGAUAUGGAUACGGUGGUGCUGAUUCAGCAGACAGGAGGUCUUAAGAAGCUCCUGACAUUUGCAGAAAACUCUACAAUUCCUGAUAUUCAGAAGAAUGCAGCAAAAGCAAUUACUAUAGCAGCUUAUAAUCCUGAAAACAGAAAACUUUUUCACGAACAAGAAGUUGAAAAGUGCCUUGUAGCCCUUCUGAGUUCUGAAAGCGAUGGAACGAAAAUUGCUGCUUCCCAAGCUAUUUCAGCAAUGUGUGAGAAUUCAGGCAGCAAAGAAUUUUUCAAUCAUCAGGGGAUUCCACAGUUAAUUCAGUUGCUAAAAAGUGACAAUGAAGAAGUAAGGGAAGCUGCUGCCCUGGCCCUGGCCAAUCUGACCACUUGCAAUCCUGCAAAUGCCAAUGCUGCUGCCGAGGCUGAUGGUAUUGAUCCAUUAAUAAACAUCCUGUCCAGUAAACGAGAUGGAGCCAUUGUCAACGCUGCCACGGUGUUAACGAACAUGGCGAUGCAGGAGGCGCUGCGUGUGAACAUUCAGAAUCAUGACGUCAUGCGCGCCCUCAUCAGCCCGCUGCGUUCCACCAACACGCGGGUGCAGAGCAAAGCCGCCCUCACCAUUGCUGCGACCGCGUGUGAUGCUGAGGCCAGGACAGAGUUAAGAAAUGCAGGUGGAUUGGAGCCCCUCGUGGAGCUUCUGCGCUCAAAGAAUGAUGAAGUCAGAAGAAAUGCCAGUUGGGCUGUCAUGGUCUGUGCCAGUGAUGAGCUGACGGCCACUGAAUUAUGCAAGUUCAGGGCUUUAGAUAUCCUUGAAGAAGUUAAUCUAUCAGUAAGUCGAAAAAAUAAAUUCAGUGAAGCAGCUUAUAACAAAUUGCUCAAUAACCACCUCCCUCUGAAAUAUAGCCAGACAGGCUAUUUGUCAUCAAGUAACAUAAUUAGUGACGGAUUCUAUGAUUACGGUCGGAUAAAUCCUGGCACCAAACUUUUGCCUUUGAAGGAUCUCUGCUUACAAGAACCAAGUGAUCUACGUGCUGUAAUCUUAGUUAACAAUAAAUCCUCUGAUAUUUCUCCACCUCCAUCUAUGGAAGAUAGAUCCUCAGACAUUGGUUGUGGACGAAGUAUUUCUUCUUCAUCUUCUUUCAGAAGAACAAGUAAAGAAAAGGCCAGUGCUGGAUUUGGAUCUCCCACGGAAGAGAAAUCAGAACCUAGUUCUGGACGAAAUACUGCUGUUAGCAAGAGUGCCACUAAAGAAAAAGGGUCAAGGAAAGUCAGAGGAAAAAAAGAAGAGGAAAAAGUGAAGGAGGAGGAAGAGGUUACCACAGUAUCAAAAAACAUAGGAGAAGGAAGCCCUGAGAAAGAAUGGUACCCUCCCUCUGAUCCUGACUUCUGUGUUUAUGUGUGUGAAGUGACUAAAUCAAUACUUCCCAUAAGCAAUAUAAAGGAACAGAUUGAAGCUCUUGCAGAGUAUGUGGCAGAAAAAAUGGGUGGUGCAAUUCCAAAAGAGAAACUACAAGAUUUCAGCUGGGAACUUCAUAUAAGUGAACUAAAAUUUCAACUUAAAUCCAAUGUUGUACCAAUUGGGCAGAUCAAGAAAGGAAUCUUCUACCAUCGAGCCUUGCUUUUCAAGGCCUUGGCUGAUAAAAUUGGCAUUGGCUGCUCUCUGGUUCGAGGGGAGUAUGGCAGAGCUUGGAAUGAAGUCAAGCUGAUGAAUGAAUCUCUAAAGGGAGUGACUGGGGGUCUCCCUCCUCCUGAAAUAUACAUCGUUGACCUCAUGUUCCAACCAGGUAGACUGAUCAAGCUAAGAAGUAGAGAAGCAGAUCUUUACAGAUUUCUCUAAACUAUCAAACGAACACAAAAGAAGUUCAAACAAGAAAUUUAUUCUAUACCUUUUCUAUGAAGGUCACCCAUUAAUUUUAUUUCUUUAAAUUAAAGUAUUAGAAAUGUUUUCUCUGUGUCAAAAUGAGGACUCUUGGAUCGACUUAGUUGUGCUUCUGACUUCAGUCUUUUGGCAAAAGUUUGGUCUGAUUAGAUCAUAUUAU